AUGGGGAAAAUGAAGAGGCGCCAAAUUCUGAUAGCUUUAGGGUUCGUAAUGCUCCUGGGCAUCGCCGUCUACCUGCGCCUGUGGACAAUUGAUUAUCGCAUCUCCUCCAACGAUACAGAGCUUCUCAGGAAGCAGUUUGAUCUGGCUAACAGAGAAGCCAUGGAUGAAUCGGCUGAGUGGAGAAGGAGAUUCGAUUUUGAGUUUGAUAAGGCGUCCAAGUGCUUAAGUGAACUGGAUGAGAUGAAGAAGUCCCGUCAUGGUGGAACAGAACAGACGAUCGUGAACCGGAACAUGGAGAUGUUACAAAAGGAACACAUGGAUCUGCUCGAGCGGGUCGAGUCAUUGAAACAAGAACUCGAGGCAGAGAAAUUAAGAUGCAGCCCGCGGAAGAAGACGUAG